AUGGCUGUAAAUUCUCGACGACAAUUUCAACAAGAAGCUGAUAACAACGUUUGGCCUCCAGCGGUAGCAGAACAUCUUCGACCUGCUCCUGUUGAACCAGGUGCCAGAGGACAAAUUGCAAGUCAUCCUUAUGAUUGUAUGACAUUAACUUGCCUUUGUCCAUAUUUCUUCGGUACGAUUGGCCCGCAGAACACGUGCAUCAUGCAGAACGGACAACCAUUGACAAUGGCAUUUAGGAAAGAAUACCGAAUGCUAACUGAUGAUGAACGUAACCGCUGGCAUAACGCGCUUAUUGAAAUCAAACGCAAUGGAGAGUAUGAUCGAAUGGGUUUUGAACAUCAAACUAUUUUAAUAUUUUCGAAUCCAUUGUCCAAUGGCUGGCAAAAUGUAAUAAAUUAUCGACGAAUUGUUGGUACUUUUACGGGAAAUAUAAACAAUUUGAGUUUUCAGGUGGGAAUCGGUAGCGGAGCACAUUCCGGACCUGGUUUUUUACCUUGGCAUCGCGAGUAUUUGAAAAGGUUUGAAAUAGCACUUCGAUUGGUCGAUCCAUCGGUGUCAAUACCAUAUUGGGAUUCAGUUUUGGAUAAUUAUUUGCCUGAUCCGAGAGACUCGAUUUUAUUUAGUCCUUUAUUUGCGGGUGAGACCGACUGGUGGGGAAAUGUCGUCAAUGGUCCAUUUGCUUAUUGGAGUACAUUGGAUGGACGUAGCGCUAUUCUCAGGGAACUUGCUCAGGAGGGGGCACUUUUUAGCGAGUUCGCUAUUAGUCAAAUUCGAGGAAAGAAAGAAAAUGAAAUUUUUAAAGGAUGUCCGUAUCCGGUUAAUUUUGGUGCUGUCGAGUAUUCCCAUUCGAAUGUUCACCUUUGGGUUGGUGGACAUAUGAAACCGCCUGAAUCCUCUUCAAAUGACCCCCUUUUUUAUACGUUACAUUCGUUCGUUGAUUUUAUAUGGGAAUUAUGGCGACAACUUAGGCAGCCAAAUUGGUCACGUGAAUCAGCAUAUCCACCCGAUUUACCUCAGUGUGCUGAUCCGCAGCAUUUCAGUUAUGCUAGUAUGAGGCCUUAUUACAAUUUAAUCAAUCGAGAUGGACUUUCUAACAUGUAUACUGAUCAAAUGUAUCGUUACGCACCUCGACCUGGUUGUUCAAUCGAAUUGCCCACAUGUGGAUCGCAGUAUCUUUUCUGCGACACAAGAGGAACUCCACAUUGUGUGUCAAAAAUCAAAGUCAAUGGUAACUGCUUUGGAUUCGAAGGAUUUGACGCAUGUUUUAACGGAAUUUGCGUUUUGGGACGAUGUGUGCUUGGUCCAACUCCAACGCCUUUUGUUCCAACGACUCCAUCACCUCCUCCAGUUCGAACUCAAACUCCUCGAAGCAUCCAAGUUUUUCGCAAUUGCUUUAAUCGCGACCCGUGUUGUGAACAGUGGGGCCGUGAUGGAGAAUGCAGUCGUAAUUCGAAUUAUAUGCGGCGAUUUUGCCCUGCAGCAUGCAAUAUUUGCCGUCCAACUUACAGUACUAAUAAUGAAUGUGCGGAUCGUCAUAUAUCAUGCAAGCAAUGGGGAUCGCAAGGUUUCUGUAGGGGUAAUUCAGAACAAUUCAUGCAGGAAAAUUGCCGAACAACAUGUAAUCUAUGCAAUAGGCCUAAAAAUGCUCAAUGUUUAAAAUCUGUGCAGGUAUAA